AUGAAGCUAAGGGCAGAUGAAGGACGUCGGGACGUUGUAUAUCAAGUUGGGGAUUAUGUGUAUCUGAAGUUGCAGCCAUAUCGGCAAAAUUCUAAUGUGCAAAGAAAGAACCAAAAAUUAUCUCCACGAUAUUUUGGACUUUAUAAGAUUUUGGAGCGUACAGGACCUGUGACUUAUCAAUUGGACUUGCCUAAGGAGUCAAAGAUACAUUCGGUAUUUCAUGUAUCGUUUCUGAAGAAGGCUUUGUUUCCUAACACAGCUGUUGGGGAUAAUCUACCAGAAGGAGAAGAUGAGGUUGAUCCAGUAAUCUCCAUGGUUGAACUGAUCCUUGAGGUCAAGGAAAAUCUUAAGGGGGGGGGGGGGGAUGAUAAGAAAUCCCCAAUUACUUAG